UGGCUGUCAAUACUGUCAGUGUCAACCGCCGGGAAACGUGUUAUGUUUAGAGAUAACCUAUAAAAAUAUUUAAAAUACUAAUUACAUGUAUAAAAAAGUAAUUUCUAUUUACGAUUUAAUUCCAUGACCACCUAAUAUUCUUUGUAUAUAGUUUAUAUAUAAUAUGACCAACGUAAGUGAUGGUGUAUGCGCCAUUAAAGAAGAAUUCAUAGUCCAAAGAACAGAUAAUCGUAUUAUCGAUGACGAAAGUAAUACUAAUUCACUAAAUAAAAGAAAACUCGACGAUAUUGGCGAUUGUAAGGAUAUUGAAUGUGACAAUAAGAAGUCGAAAAAUAAUGGUAAUGAUAAUGCUUGGACAAAAAGAAAUAAAAAUAGAGGACAGAACAAGGCUAGGCCAAAAACAUUUCAAGAUAACAAAGAAGACAAACCGUGUCCUAGCAUUGUGGACAUAAGAUCAUCUGAUGAAAAGACGCCUUGCCAAUAUCAAAAUUGCAGAUUUAUACAUAAUCCUGUUGAUUAUUUAAGAACGAAACCCAAAGAUAUCAAUGAACGAUGUCAUAUAUUCGACAUUCGUGGAAGAUGCCCUAGGGGAAUCGCCUGCCGAUUUGGUUCAGAGCACAUAACUACUGAAGGUUACAAUCUAGUCAAUGAAGAAAAAUUAAAAGAAUGGAAAGAGGACACCCAAAACACACUGCAACAUUCACUUCAAGUACAGCUCCAGAAAAAGACAUAUGAUUUGAGUUUUGCUGAGAAACUUGUUAAAGCCAUUUAUACAAAAAGUAAAUUGCCAGAAAAGUCUUCAAAUUGUCUUGAAGAUGUUACUGUAAAUAAUGUAAAUAAAGAAACAUUUGUCAGUGGUGCUAUUACUGAUGAAGAUAUUAUCAAACUUCUUCCCAGGGAAAAGAAAACCAUAGACUGGUCGAAUAAGUUGUAUCUCAGCCCCCUAACUACUGUGGGAAAUUUGCCUUUUCGACGUAUUUGUAAAGAGUAUGGUGCUGAUAUUACAUGUGGUGAAAUGGCUUUAUGUGAAUCAUUACUGAAAGGAGCCAAACAAGAAUGGGCAUUAGUAAAAAGACAUGAGUCAGAAGAUAUUUUUGGGGCACAAAUAUGUGGAAAUAAUGCAUACAUAAUUACAAAAGUUGCACAACUUUUGCAGGAAAAUACUCAUCUUGACUUUAUAGACUUAAAUCUUGGUUGUCCGAUUGACUUAAUUUACAAAAAAGGUGGGGGCAGUGGUAUGAUGCACCGUUUGCCUACACUUCAAGCUUCCAUAACAUGUGCUUCAAAAUUGCUUAGUAUACCAUUUACUAUUAAAAUGAGAACAGGAGUUUAUCAGAAUAAAAAAAUUGCUCACACCAUUAUACCAAAAGUUGUUGAAGCAGGAGCUUCAAUGAUAACUCUACAUGGAAGGUCAAGAGAAGCAAGGUACACUAGAUCAGCAGAUUGGGAGUAUAUUGAAACCUGUGCCAAGGCUGCUAGUCCUUGUCCUGUCUUUGGUAAUGGAGAUAUUUUAAGUUAUGAAGAUUAUGUACAAAGAAGAGAACUAGCACCAUCUGUUCAAGGAGUAAUGAUUGGCCGUGGAGCACUCAUCAAACCGUGGAUAUUCACAGAGAUUAAAGAACAAAAACUUUGGGAUAUCAGUAGUAAAGAAAGAUUUGAGAUUAUCAAAAAGUACACAAACUAUGGCCUAGAACAUUGGGGUUCUGAUAUGCAAGGUGUAGAAAAUACACGAAGAUUUUUAUUAGAAUGGUUAUCAUUUUUGUAUCGUUAUGUUCCAGUGGGUCUCCUAGAAAGGCCACCACAAAAAAUUAAUGAGAGACCACCAGCAUACUUUGGCAGGGAUGACCUAGAGACAUUAAUGGGGUCAGGAAACUGUGCUGAUUGGAUAAAAAUUAGUGAAAUGUUAUUAGGGCCAGUGCCAGAUGGAUUUAAAUUUUUACCAAAACAUAAAACCAAUUCUUAUCAAUGAUUAUUGAUAUACAAAUAUUAUAUAAUUUAAAUAAAAUAGUUAUCCUA